CACUCAUGACAACAGCAGGUUCACGAGAUGUGUCAACGGCUGGAAAGCUACAGGUUCAUAUUUACAUGGAGUUAAAGCCACGUCGGCUAACGAAGAGUUCUGUGAAAUGGCUUAACAGGUGUAUAAUUUGUUUUGAAAAGAUGUGACAACUCUUAUUGAGGUCGGUACGAAUCACACUGUGGUUAUAAAUCUCCCGGGUGGAUGUUGGAAACGGUCGCAGCGGAAUAGGCCUCUGUCAUGCCUCGGACUUGCGUAAGAACGUAAGCCUAACUAGAGAGCACUGGUCCGGCGAAACCCUCUAUCGUAGAAGCGUCUACUUAGAAAGGGUCAUAGAGACCUAAAGACAUGAUUGCACCAGCCAGAAAGGAUUUUGUGUCUCUAGCAGUAGAUGAAAGUGGGGCUUAUACAAACGGCAAACAGCGCAAGCAGUCCUACUGGAGGAAAUGGAAGCAGUUGCCCAGCUUGCAGCGCAGCCUUAUCCUGUUUGUUCUGGUUCUGCUUCUGAUCAGUGCGAUCGUCAUAUAUCCCAGUCUCUUGACACCUCGGGGAGCUCAGUCAGACACAGUAGAAAGAAGAAGCGAUGGCGAUGGGAUGCAGUCACAUAUUGAGAUGGAGGAUGGAGGGAAAGCUGUUCUGCCUGAGCCCCCUUCAGAGAGAAAGGGCUCUCGUAAGCGAGGGCCUCCUGUCCUGCAGAACCGUGUCCAGAAUAAAGUAAACGGCUCUGAGCCGCAGAAAGUAGAGAUAAAGACGAUGGUGGAGGAUGGGACCAAGUCUCUAAUCAGUCGGCGUGACGCUGUGCAAAAAAACGACAAAGGCACAGAUGCUGAGAAUAGAGAGGCGGAGGACCCCACCGUAGUGGCAAGCAGGCUGGAUGCAGUGAGAGAGGCUUUCCGACAUGCCUGGAAAGGCUACACAGACUUUGCCUGGGGUCACGAUGAGCUCAAACCCAUUUCUAAAUCUUACAGUGAAUGGUUUGGGCUGGGGCUAACUCUUAUUGAUGCACUGGACACCAUGUGGAUCUUGGGACUGAAAAAAGAGUUUGAGGAUGCCAGGCAGUGGGUGGCCACACAGCUGUCCUUUGGGAAAAACGUGGAAGUGAACCUGUUCGAGAGCACCAUCCGCAUAUUGGGCAGCCUGCUCAGCACUUACCAUCUGACCGGUGAUGCAUUGUUCCUGGAGAAAGCUAAAGACAUCGGCUCAAGGUUGAUGCCUGCCUUCAAUACGCCUUCGAAGAUCCCGUACUCGGACGUGAACAUCGGGAGCGGUGUGGCUCGUCCACCACGCUGGACCUCCGACAGCACGGUUGCCGAGGUGACCUCCAUCCAGCUGGAGUUCCGAGAGCUGAGCCGACUCACUGGAGACCCCAAAUACCAGGCUGCUGUGAUGGAGGUAAUGAGGCAGGUGCACAAACUGGAAGGAAAGCACGAUGGCCUCGUGCCCAUGUUCAUCAACACCAACAGCGGGCAGUUUACCCACCUGGGCGUGUACACGUUGGGCGCUCGAGCUGACAGCUAUUACGAAUAUCUGCUCAAGCAGUGGAUCCAGGGAGGCAAGACGGAGAUGGAGUUGUUUGAGGAUUACAUGCAGGCGGUGGAGGGGAUUAAAAAGAACCUGCUGAAGAAGUCUUCUCCUCUUGGCCUUACAUUUGUAGGAGAGCUGUCUCAUGGACGCUUCAGUCCCAAGAUGGAUCAUUUAGUGUGCUUCCUGCCUGGCACGCUGGCCCUGGGGGCACACCAUGGCCUGCCCACCGAGCACAUGGAGCUGGCCCAAGAGCUGAUGGAGACCUGCUACCAGAUGUACGCACAGAUGGAGACGGGCCUGAGUCCUGAGAUCGUACACUUCAACAUGCAGACAGGCAGCACACAGGAUGUGGAUGUUAAACUUGCAGACAGACACAACCUGUUACGGCCAGAAACCGUGGAAAGCCUCUUCUAUCUGUACCGGCUCACCAAGGACAAGAAGUAUCAGAGCUGGGGAUGGGAGAUCUUUCAAAACUUCAACAAAUACACCAGGGUGGAUACUGGUGGUUACACCUCCAUCAAUAACGUGCGAGACCCGAAGUCUCCCAGUCCACGGGACAAGAUGGAGAGCUUCUUCCUGGGCGAGACGCUUAAAUACUUCUACCUGCUGUUUUCAGACAACUCAGACCUUAUUAACCUGGACACGUACAUCUUUAACACAGAGGCCCAUCCUUUGCCCAUAUGGCCAAAGGCUAAGUGACGGACACAGUCUCUCUCUCUCUCUCGCUCGCUCUCUUGCUCUCUCUUAUACACACACAUUUCUCUCAGGGUUUUACAGAAAGACUUCUCAGUUCCUUUGAUAUCUAAACUGCCUUGUUUCUUUUUCCUAUUUUGGGAACAAGAAGCAUUUCGUAAUUGGACUCUUAAUUUUCUAAAAGCGUUUACUAAAGUCACGUGAUACACAAACCAAUCAGAAGACAGACCGAAGAAGCAGCGUGCUUCUUUUAUAACAGCGUAAAUCUCGCCUUCGCUCUACACCGCUUCGUCAGUGCAUGAAUGAGAACUAAUGCCGUGGAUGAUCAGUGAUAUCCAGCAUGAACGUGCUGAACUCCUCUGAGGAAGCUUCAGAGAUUACAGCAGAAAUCACAGCGCUGUAGAGCACAACGAGACGGGACAAACAGAGACAGGCACGAAUUCCGCUGUCGUUUACACACCUUGUUAUUUAUCCGUUUAAAUCUGUGCAGUCGUAUUCAGUCCUAGAGUUAAAUUCACUUUCAAGCUGUGAACCUUUGUAUAGACUUUGAGCACUUUAUGGCUUUCCACCUUCCCCUUCACCAUCAAAUCUGCCCUGUACCACCAUUUUAUUUUCCCCACAGUUCGCGUCGUUUGAGUUUUUUUAUCCCUUAAAAGGAAACUUUGUGUGUUUUUUUUUUUUUUUAUAUUAUACUAGAUUUCGUUCUGUGCCGCCUCGAACACAGAGAUCACUGCCAUUCCUGUAUAUAAGGAAAGUAAUGUUAUGUUUUGGUGUCGUAACAUUUUCCCCAACGAGACGUGUUUUUAUUGUACAACGCCACCUGAUGCUCAUUGCACAGGGGUCUAGGCAGAAGUAUACACCUAACACAUGGACCACGAAUUCAUUUAAAGACUUGAAUAACUCUCCUGGAUUGUUGUUGCUUUUUGUUUUUAAACCCUCCGGCUGUCAUUUCAGAGCCAUAUGAAAAUUAGACAGACAAGGAGCCAGAAUAUGUGGGAAAAGGCGACCGUUUCACUCUCGAUUGUCCUAACAUCACAGUUCUUUUAGGAGAUCUUGCAUCGUUUUUUAACAGUCGCUUGCAGUCGACUUCAAAGCAAAUAACGUUUAUAUGAAUGCACUUGAUCCGAGUCGGUCUAUAAAUCUAGAUCAAUCUGAGGAAGAUUUAUUAUAUGCAUACAUGAGACUUGUUAAUGAGGUAGAGAUUUAGUUUUAGCGUUUCUGGAAGUCAUCUCCAGCGUCAGCAGGUUUGGAACAAUCAGCGUUUAAGUCUUCAGGAUGGAGCACUUUUCGUCUUCCUGAUCACACAGCUGCUUCUGUGCUUUUAUUAACGCAGUGCGGAAAAGGAUGGAGCUGUUUAUAGCUGUUAGAACACGGCGUUACAGGGAUUUCUCGGGUGUUUCACAACAUCGGAAGCAACUUUAAACCGAACACUUUUUUUUUUUUUAGUAAAAUGAUAAAUUGGUAGUCGGUUUUUAUCCUUAAAUAUUUCUUAUCAGGUGAUGAUAACACAUCACCUCGUUCAUACGAUGCCGGAUAUUGGACCAUCGUGGGUUUAAUCGCCACGUCUCCAUUGUUGCUUUCGUUCAGUCCAGAGCUCAGAGCCAAGAAGGGCUGAAAAACACCAUGUGUUGUUCUGCUUGUGCCUUUUAAAUCUUUACUGAGCAAUGCUAAUGAAGUCUAAUGAGGUCUAUUUUGAUUCUUGAGACUCAUGUUUUUAUACUGAAAUGACAUGAAUAUGGCUGUGCAUUUAAUAUUUAAAGAUUUGUUAUAGAUCAUAAGAAAUCUUUUCCUUUUUAUUUAUGAUCGGUUCAAUUCCAUUAAGUUAAACCGCUGAUCAAUAAAACCAGCUCAUGUGCAUUUUGUAGUAAUGUACUAAAUGUACUAAUGGCCAACGUGUAUAUAUUACAUGUACAAUUAAGGGCUUCGUAUGUCACUUUUUUCCUCCCCAGUGAUGAAUGUGUAAGUUUCUUAAUUUAUCAUCCAUUGUUAUUAUUCUGAUUAUUAUUGUUCUUCUAGAGAUUGACCAAAGACAUGGCUGUUCAAAAGAAGACCUUUUUUUGUGAUGCUGAAAGACAUGAAAUCAUUCAAAUGUGUGUUCACUGAUGAUGUUAAUGUGGAAAAAAUGUGUCACUGGUUGAUUGCUUUAAGAGUCGUGUGUGUAAUGUGAGGUUGUGUAAAAGAAAAACACUGCCAAUAAACUUUUAUAAAAACUUG